GUGUUGUCCUCAGAAGAACAUCCGCACCUGAUUAUAAAUUCAUCUUCCUACCAUUUCCAUACGUCUCCAUGGCAACACCCACGUUUCCAUUGUGUCUGUGUGAGAAUUAGGUUUACAGGUUUGAUGUAUCCCAUAAUGCAUCAGUGUUUUGGUGGUGUUAACACCCUCCUGUCUCUCACUCACACGCACACACACGCACGCACGUGUUGAAGAUGUUAAGUCGACAAAAUGCUUUGUCUGCAAGUGUGUGUGGGCGGCGAUGUCGCUCACUGCCAGGUGCUGCGGUGUGGCGCUCUUAACGUGUGUCGGAUUUCUCAGGGCGACACAGUGAAGCCCCGCCCCCUCCUGCUCUGCAGCAGCCUCGUGAAAGGGGGGAAAUCUCUCCCUCCCCGCACUCUGUUGUCUGAUCCCGCAUUUUUCGGCGUGCGCUCGGCAGAGGCGGCAGGCAGGCAGGCGGCCCAGGGACUGGUCAUGUCCUCCCCGCCGCAGCCGGCGGCGUUGGCGCGCAGACAAUCCUGUUACCUCUGCGACCUGCCCCGCAUGUCCUGGGCCAUGAUCUGGGACUUCAGCGAGCCCGUGUGCCGCGGCUGCGUCAAUUACGAGGGCGCGGACCGGAUCGAGUUCGCCGUCGAAACCGCCCGCCGCCUGAGGCGGACUCACGGUAUUCGUGAGUCCAAAAGCGGGAAGGAGAUCCUCAGCCAGCAUUUGGCGGAGGACGGACCCGGAAAGUCCCAGCGGCCCUCUUCGGAUCGGUACUCCCUGCUCGGCGCGGACACCCGGGUCAGGUCGGACCAAGGUAGGCUUCCUAACGGGCUCGGGUCGCCAAAUGGGUUCAAACCGGACGACGGACCGCCCGAGCUGAACCGUCAAAGCCCGAACUCCAGGAGCAGGAUUCACGGGGGUCCGGCGUCGGCACCGGGACUCGUUAACGUGCCGCCCGACCUGCUGCCCCAGAUGCCGGCAAAUGGACAGAGCGCACAGGACGCGGCCGGCAGAAGCGCGCCGCAGGGCUCCACGCUCGGCCCGGUGUGUCCGAAUGAGCCGUCCGGGAAACGGGAGCAGGACAGGGAGAUGAAAGACAAGCAGAGGAACGCAGAGACACUGAGCGAGCUGAGCGAAAGCCUUCGGAACCGUCAGGAGGACUGGGCCGGCAAGCCUAAGAUGGUUCGCAACACCCUGGUCACUCUGUCAGGGUGUACACCCUUCGAGGUCCGCUUCAAGAAGGACCACGGCCUGGUGGGCCGCGUAUUCGCCUUCGACGGCGUGUCCAAAUCCGGUGUGGACUACGAGCUGAAGAUCUUCAUCGAGUACCCGAGCGGGUCUGGCAACGUGUUCUCCAGCGCCUCAGGGGUGGCCAAGCAGAUGUACCACGACUGCAUGAAGGACCUGGGCCGAGGUCUUUCCUCCGGGUUCAAGUAUCUGGAGUACGAGAAGAAGCACGGUUCGGGUGACUGGCGGCUGCUCGGUGAUUUGUUACCAGAACCUCUGCGGGUCUUCAAGGACUGCGUGGGGGGGGAUAUGCUGCCGCAGCCACACGUCGACGGCACCCAAUCGCUGUCGCCCGCCUCCCUGCUGCCCUCUGCCCGGGCCCAGGCCCCGUGCGGGUCCCGGGGCGGUUCCAGGAAGAGGAAGUCCUCCCCGGAACCGGAUUUGCGCGAGAGCGGCCCGAAGCUGACGGAGGAGCGGCACCGGCAGUGGCUCGCCAACCAGGCCGGAGCGCUCAAAUUGUCCACGCCGCCCGAGUCAGUCGAGUCCCCCGCGGUCGCCCUCGUGUCGGCGGCGGACGCUCUCGGGCGUGUGCCGUUCCCGGACAAGGACCGAGAGACUGUCCGCUGCGGCGGCGGGCCCGCGUCCCCCGCGGGUGGUCAGAGGGGCCUCCCGUCCCGCAACGGAGACCCCGCGGGUGACGGCGCGGAGCCGGCAACCGCGGCCUCCGGCGGACCUCUGUGCUGCACGUUGUGUCACGAGCGCCUGGAGGACACUCACUUCGUCCAGUGUCCGUCCGCCGCCCACCACAAGUUCUGCUUCCCGUGCUCCCGGGACAGCAUCAAGGCCCAGGGCGCCGCCGCAGAGGUGUACUGCCCCAGCGGGGACAAGUGCCCGCUGGUGGGCUCCAACGUGCCGUGGGCCUUCAUGCAGGGCGAGAUCGCCACCAUCCUGGCGAGCGACGUGAAAGUCAAGAAGGAGAGGGACCCUUGAGGAAGCAACCACAAAUUGAACACAACGAAACACCGAGCCCUGCCGCCGAUAGCGAAAACGCCGUCUUUGAUUUGCCCCCCCCCC